GACUUGGUCAGUAGUAACAUAAAAGAUGGAGCCGAUAUCACAUCUCGUUAAAGUUUCUAUUCCGAAUUACCUUUCGGGUUUACCAAUUCCUAACUCUAUAGGAGGGUGGUUCAGACUCGGAGUUAAGGAUUGGUUAUCCUUGAUCCCUCCGAGCGCUCUUCUCGCAGGUGUCGGGUACAUGUCCUAUCUGUCUUUCUGUCCACAUGGCAGACCGCCACCGAAAAAUAUCGUUAACCCAAAAAUAAAGAAGGAGUCUGCGAAGGUCGUUGACACCAUCGACGUCGAAGAUAUUACGGAAAAAGCUGUAUUUUGUCGUUGCUGGAGGAGCGAUAAUUGGCCUUACUGCGACGGCAAUCACGGAGAUCACAACAAGUCGACUUGCGACAACGUCGGUCCUUUGGUCAUCACUAAAAAGGCCAAAUAAUAACGGUCGUCGCACCUCCUAUCGUCUUCAAAAUUUCUAGAAGCAAAUCCUAUCGAAUCCACCCUUCACCUUCGUUUUACGAAAAGAAUAUACGGGAUUAUUGUGAUUGGAAAGCCUGGAAUAUAUAGAUACACUUGGGAUAAUAACGAAAGAAUUUAGCUGCGAGAUAACGUUCUCUUCGAAUUAUUGAUAAAGAGGAAACAAAAACUUGUGUUUUUACGAUAUCUUAAUCACGUCGAUCCGGUGUGUAAAUAAUUGAUUACGCGAAGCAGGGCUUUGCUUAUUUCGUUGCGUUGUCACGUACACUUGUAUAGGUUGCAGGGUCAUAAUAAAUAAUUACGAUUUACAAAA